CCUUUUACGGAAUGGUCCCAUCAUCUCCCGGCCGCAUAGCCCUACGCAGCCUUACGCCCUCGAGUGUUACCCUAACCUCAAUCAUUGCGAAAAAUGUCGACGCAUCAAGCCGGGAGAAAAAAUAAUUCACAGUCAAUAGAAGUAAAACUGAAGGUGAUAAGUGAAGUCGAAGCAAGGACAGUUUCAGUAAAUCAAGUGGCUGCUGACCUGCAUGUGCAUCCCACAACAGUAAGGUCAUGGCUACAACAGAAGGACAAAUUACUGGAGUGGGCAGGUUCCCGCGAUCGAAUACCAAAGAAUCAAAAACGUAUGUCAAGGGUCGAUAAUGAGCGUGUUGAUAGUGCCAUGUGGAUUUGGUUCAGAGAUAAACGAGCGGCCGGCGUACCACUGACAGGACCGAUGAUUCAAGAAAAAGCACGAAUUUUAAACAGAGCAUUUGGUGGUAAUGAAGCAUUCACAGCAAGCAAAGGAUGGCUGAGGGCAUGGAAGGAGAGGUACGGGAUUCGGGGGGUACAAAUCAGUGGAGAAAAGUUGUCGGUCAAUGCUGCAGCAGUUGAUCCCUUCAAUGAAAAAUUUUUGGACAUAAAGAAGGAAAAUUUGAUAGUUGAUGAAGUGUUCAACGAAGGUCAGCAAGACAGAAGUGGUGGAGCUGAAGAUGAUGCAGAAGGCGAGAAAGAAGACGAAAGAGCAGGAGAAGAGGAAGAAAAGGCAGAUGAUAACGAGUACAACGGAAACGUCGCUCGAGAAAGUCCAUGUGCUCCAGGAAAUCGCAGAGACUCUGGUGAGCUUUGUUGCAAAGAGGUGGUGCAUGACCUGGAAAAUAAUAAUCUCCUAGAGGAUCCUCUGCAAAUGAUGACUGCAAAAACACGAAAACAUGAGGCAUUUCGUUGUCUCGCGUACGCGGGAAGUGAUAAGGGGUUCCGAAUUGAACGCGAUACCUUCGGGGAAUUGAAGGUACCAGCGGAUAAAUAUUAUGGAGCACAAACGUUGAGGUCUGUGAUGAAUUUCCCUAUUGGAGACAGCUUUGAGCGGAUGCCGUACGGAGUAAUUGUGGCAAUGGGAAUUCUCAAAAAAGCAGCAGCUGAAGUGAACAAAGAGUUCGGUCUGGACCCAAAGAUAUCCGAGGCAAUAAGCAAAGCAGCAGACGACGUGAUAAGCGGAAAGCUCUACAACGACCACUUUCCCCUCGUAAUCUGGCAGACAGGCUCUGGAACUCAAUCGAACAUGAACACCAACGAAGUCAUCUCCAACCGAGCUAUUGAAAUUUUGGGUGGAGAAUUGGGUUCCAAAACCCCGGUGCAUCCCAACGACCACGUGAACAUGUCUCAAUCCUCCAACGACACUUUUCCAACAGCAAUGCACAUUGCAGUCGCCCUCGAGAUAAAUAAAAUCCUGCUCCCAGGACUCACAAAGCUGCAUGGGGCACUGGACGAGAAGGCCAAGGCCUGGAAAGAUAUCAUCAAAAUUGGAAGGACUCACACGCAGGACGCUGUGCCUUUAACGCUGGGUCAAGAAUUCUCAGGAUAUGCCACACAGGUUGAAUAUGGCAUUGCAAGAGUCAAGGACACACUCCCAAGGCUGUAUCAAUUGGCCCUGGGGGGAACAGCCGUGGGAACUGGGCUCAACACGAGAAAAGGUUUUGCUGAAAAAACUGCAGCUAGAAUCUCCCAACUCACUGGAUUACCCUUUGUCACUGCUCCGAAUAAAUUCGAGGCUUUAGCAGCUCAUGAUGCUAUUGUGGAGGUCCAUGGAGCCUUGAAUACUGUCGCGGUUUCUCUUAUGAAGAUUGCCAAUGACAUAAGAUUCCUCGGCAGCGGCCCCCGCUGUGGCCUCGGUGAGCUGUCCCUCCCAGAAAAUGAGCCCGGAAGUUCCAUAAUGCCUGGAAAAGUGAAUCCAACACAAUGCGAGGCAAUUACGAUGGUUUGUGCUCAAGUUAUGGGUAAUCAUGUGGCAGUCACUGUCGGUGGCAGCAAUGGACACUUCGAGCUCAAUGUCUUCAAGCCUGUGAUGGUAGCCAAUACUCUUAGGUCUGUAAGACUCAUCGGAGAUGCUGCUAAAUCGUUCACAGACAAUUGUGUUUGUGGAAUUCAACCGAAUAAUGAGAAUAUCAAGAAGAUAAUGAAUGAAAGUUUGAUGCUGGUGACCGCCCUCAACCCGCAUAUUGGAUAUGAUAAGGCCGCGAAAAUUGCCAAACAGGCUCACAAGGAAGGACUGACCCUCAAGGAAUCAGCCCUCAAGAAUGGCCUCACAGAGGAGCAAUUCAAAGAAUGGGUCAGACCAGAACAGAUGUUGGGACCCAAGUGAACACCUUUUCGCAUUUCACCAUCUUGAUCAUCUGUUGAAUGAAAAAUAGAACAAUAAUUUAUGAAUAAGAAAGAAUGAAUCAUGAUGAAUAAAUUUUCAAUCAAAAAAUUGAA